AUGUCGACUGAAGCGCGUCGCAGGCUUAUGCGUGAUUUCAAACGACUCAAGAACGACCCACCAGGCGGCAUCUCGGGUGCUCCAUGUCCCGACAAUAUUCUAUUAUGGAACGCAAUCAUCUUUGGACCCGCCGAUACGCCGUUUGAAGAUGGCACUUUUAAGUUGGCACUUCAGUUUGAUGAGAAUUAUCCCAACAAGCCACCUUCCGUCAAAUUCAUUUCCAAGAUGUUUCAUCCGAAUGUAUACGCCAAUGGUGAACUGUGUCUUGACAUCCUCCAAAACAGGUGGUCACCCACAUAUGAUGUGGCUGCCAUUCUGACGAGUAUUCAAAGUCUGCUUCAUGAUCCAAAUCCGAAUUCACCCGCAAAUGCCGAAGCUGCCAAUUUAUAUAGGGAAAAUCGUAAAGAAUAUAUCAGAAGAGUGAGAGAAGUUGUCGAAAGUUCCUGGGAGUGA